AGGAUUGUUUGCCAGGACUUUCUCCCAGUCACCCGUUUACAUUCACUAUUACUUAUUGGUUUUCAUAGGAUGGUUGUUUACGCUCACUCGAAUAUGUGUAUUAGCCUGGCACUAGCGCGCGUGCAAGUGAUUUAUGCGCGCAUGCAUGAUGUACAUUUCGGGAUACGCAGAGCUCCACGCCAACACGGAGACGAUUCAUACGGCCCGAGGUGCUCAGAUCACCUAGGUGCGAUCAGUGGAAGCACAUGGAGUGACAGUAGGAACGGAUGCGCAGAGUACGCUGCAAACAUCAAUUGGUGCGAAUUUUACGGCCGUUACAACUACAAUGGAGAGGGCACGGCCAAGUGGGCAUGUUGUGCUUGCGGCGGCGGCGUGAUUGCGCCGGGCGACCCAACUCCAUCCCCCACAGGGUGCGUGGAUCACCUUGGAGCGACCAGCGGCAAUGCCUGGUCUGACGGGUGGAACGUUUGCGACGCGUACGCUGCGAACACUGGAUGGUGCGACUCAUAUGGCAUACACGAUUAUAGCGGAGAAGGCACCGCCAUUUGGGCAUGUUGUGCGUGCGGUGGCGGUUGGCAUGCGACGGACAGCCCGACGCCUAGCCCAAUCCUCAGCCCGACGUCCAGACCGACGCCCAGCCCGACGCUCAGCCCCACGUCGAGCCCGACGCCGAGCCUCACGCCAACUCCAGCAGCGCUCACGCCCGCAGUUCAGGCGCCUGUCCCGACAGGCAGUCCCACGGCGAGCCCGACGCCGCCUCCAAUACAGUCCACGUUUGACGCCAUGCCUCUCGCGAUGCCGGUCCAAACGUCAAGCGCAGGGCUAGAGCCAGUGUCAGGCGCAAUGGCGAGCCCGAUGUCCACGCCAGCCCCGAUGUCAGGCUCAAUGUCGAGUUCGACUCAGAGCACCGUCGUCGCUGCCGCGGGCGAUCCUCAUAUGCAGAAUGUGCACGGUGAGCGGUUCGAUUUGAUGAAGGAGGGAAGGAGUGUUUUGCUAAACAUACCUCGCGGAGAACGCGCUGGUAACACAUUGCUUCGCGUGGUGGCCGACGCGCGCCGAUUGGGUGGAGCAUGCGCUGGUCUAUAUUUCAGUUCAAUAAAUGUUACAGGAGCUUGGUCAGAGAAACAACGAAGGGGAGGAUACAGUUACGCUGCUCGAACUAUUGUCAAGAAACCUCCGAAAUGGCUCAUAUUCGGUCACCGGCAUGGCUUUGGCUGUGCGAUCAAAGUUGUCUAUGGACGUACGCAAGGGGGUUUGGUCUACUUGAAUUUCUACGUUCGACACUUGGGGCGAGCAGGAUUUGUCGUCGGAGGCCUACUGGGUGAAGACGACCACUCAUAUGUAGCCACGCCUUCCGCUGCAUGUCUCCAGCGCAUGGCCUUGCAUUCGCAGUCAGAAGUCAACAGAAACGGCUCCGAUGAGAGGUCGGUUGCUUCAGCCAGUUUCACAUGACCACGUUCUGUAUUCAGUUCCUGUGCCCUUCGCUUCGCGCCCUCCUCAUCGUACUGCCAUCUUGGAGCCGACUUGGAGCUGUCUUCGAGCGCACCGAGGCCGAAUAGCAGAGAUUGCAGGUCGUCUGGACCAAUUUCGCACUCCAUUUUGCAAGUUUGUCCAGGCGUCCUCGGUCGCCUCCGGUCUCUCCCUCCCUCUUUCUGCACCCUUCGGUUUCGGAGAUUCAGAGGACGUCCCAAGCAGAGUCGCCCAAACCUGUUCUCGUCUUGGGCUUAGGGGGGCGGGCGGUUAGCCACAGGGGAUCCUCCCCUUGGGGAAAUCGCCCCGUGGUUUUCGCGCCUGCCCUCCUCCUUUACCUGUCAGAGCUCGCUGGGCUGCCUUCCCCCAGUCCAGUGGGCAGGAGGCGACGCCCGACCGCGGCCGUUGCCUGCAUUUCCCACGUUUGAUGUCAAACAAAACCAUCAGCAUCAGCAUCCCUCAUCCCUCAUCCCUCAUCUCUCAUCCCUCCUCCGCUGCCGCUCUCCCGCGCCUUGCCCUUUGCCGUGCCUUCUCGCGGGGCGGGCGCAUCCUGGGCGCGCGCCCGCCGCCCCAUCGCUGCCUCCUCCGCGUGGAGGAGGUGGAGGCCACGCUUCCUCUUGCUCCACUGGGCCUCUCCUUCUCGGAGGCCCGUUCCGCUAAAAGGAGGGGAUGGAUGCUGACGAGGGCUUGGAAGCCUGCGGUUUCCAUUUCUCUCUGGUCGCUGACCUUUUUGCGCGUUGUACGUUCGGCUCCAUCAUAUGUAGAUGUUGAGCGCGCGCGAAACGCACGCGCUCGGGGUGUUCAAGCAUGCGACGCACACCCGUUGCCGUUUCGACCGGACGUAGGGCCCAUGAGUUGAA